GCGCGCCAGGGCUGUCGGAGGGUGGUCCGGCUCACAGGUCCUGACUGGGAAGAAGUCGGCAGGUCCUGGCAGGGGAGAGCUGUGGCGGUGACAACUCGGGGUAUAGGCGGCUUUAACGGGAUGGAGUCGCGAGUCGCGGACGCCCAGGCCGGCGAGGUUGAACGAGCUGUGGGCGAAGGCCCAGCAGACGGCGGCGCCUCUCGGGGGCUUCAAGUCUCGGAGCCCUUGGGAGCCGCCCGGUGGAAGCUCCUGCGGCAGGUUCUGAAGCAAAAGCACCUGGAUGACUGCCUGCGACAUGUAUCUAUAAGAAGAUUUGAAUCGUUUAAUCUGUUUUCAGUAACAGAAGCCAAAAAAGGGGUAAAUGAAGAGGAAGUUGGUGCAUGGGUCCGAUAUACAAGUGUCUUCUAUCCUGAGUACAGUAUUUCUUUAAGGCGUAAUAAUGGAUCUUUGAAUGUUGAAGAUGUUCUUACCAGCUUUGACAAUACAGGCAAUGUUUGCAUCUGGCCAUCUGAAGAGGUUUUGGCUUACUACUGCCUCAAGCACAGGAAUGUAUUCAGAGACCUUGCUGUGUGUGAGCUAGGGGGUGGCAUGACAUGCUUGGCUGGGCUCAUGGUUGCUAUUUCUGCAGAUGUCAAAGAAGUUCUGUUAACUGAUGGGAAUGAAAAGGCCAUCAGAAAUGUGAGAGACAUCAUCACAAGGAAUCAGAAGGCUGGUGCAUUUAAAACUCGGAAAAUAUCAAGCUGCGUUUUACGAUGGGAUAAUGAGACAGAUGUCUCUCAACUGGAAGGACAUUUUGACAUUGUUAUGUGUGCUGACUGCCUGUUUCUGGACCAGUACAGAGCCAGCCUUGUUGAUGCAAUAAAGAGAUUACUCCAGCCCAGAGGGAAAGCAAUGGUAUUUGCCCCACGCCGAGGGAAUACUUUAAACCAGUUUUGCAAUCUAGCUGAAAAAGCUGAUUUCUCUAUCCAAAGACAUGAAAAUUAUGAUGAACACAUUUCAAACUUCCACUCCAAGUUGCAAAAGGAGAACCAGGACGUCUAUGAAGAAAACCUUCAUUACCCACUUCUACUUAUUUUAACCAAAAAUGGAUAGAAGAUUAAGCUGCUCAAAAGACGAAAACACCAAGUGCACAGGGCAUAUUGUCACAAAAACAGAAACCUGUGAUGGGUAUGAUAUGCAGCAAGCCUUUGGCUCCCUGAGAUCUGUGAACCCCCCACCACCUCUGCCCCAUUCCACAUGUGGGUUAUGGGGCCCACCUGUCCUCACUCACAUCAUUCCCCAGCUUUCCUGGACUCCUUUUUUCAUCUGCUCUUCUUGGACCAAACCUUUGUCUUUACGCAUCUACAAACAACCUGAGAUUUGAAUUGGACUCAGGAGAGACCUAAAUCUUUUAUCCCCUAAUUGAGACAGAAUUUCUUUUGGUGAUUCCCACCCCCCCCCUUUUCAAAAAAGAUCUUGGUCUUUGUUCUGUUUUGGUGGUGGUACUUUUUAAUCUGUAAACACAGCAAACAUCAUGAUUCUUUCCUGGUUAAAAAAAAUAAAGCCUAUCUUUCUCAUCUUCAAA